GGCGGGCUCGGAGCUGCGGGAUCCUGUCAGUGUGGGAGCGGCGCUGUGGCGAGCGCAUCUUUGCGUUCGUUCUUCCCGGCGCGGCCUUUCUCUUUCUUCCCUCCCCCUUUCUCCCCUCCCUCCUUCCCUCCCUCGCCCUUCCCGCUUCCUUCCUGCUCCCUUCCUGGCGGCGGGGGCGGGGGGGGUGUCUCCCAGCCUCGGUGGAGGCGGCGAAGCGUGAUGGCGACGGCCGGGCUCUUCUGUUUUCUCCGCCCCGCGCUGCGCUGUUUCUCCGGCCCCGCCGCCUUCCCUAGCUGCUGACAACGCCGGCGGCCCCGCACUACGCGCGUUCUGCGGACCCCCCCGCCCAGCCCCAGAAAACACCAACAAGAAGGAUAACUUGAAACACGCUUCACCCCUUCACUUUCAAUUUCUUGACUGCACUACAAGCAACCAGAAUGUCGGGGGCUUCAGUGAAGGUGGCUGUUCGGGUCCGGCCCUUCAAUUCCCGAGAAACCAGCAAAGAAUCCAAAUGUAUCAUCCAGAUGCAAGGCAAUUCAACGAGUAUUAUCAACCCAAAGAAUCCUAAGGAAGCACCAAAGUCCUUCAGCUUUGACUACUCUUAUUGGUCCCACACAUCGCCCGAAGAUCCCUGCUUUGCAUCUCAGAGCCGUGUGUACAAUGACAUUGGGAAGGAGAUGUUGCUGCAUGCCUUUGAGGGCUACAAUGUCUGCAUUUUUGCCUAUGGACAGACUGGAGCUGGGAAAUCCUACACAAUGAUGGGCAAGCAGGAGGAGAGCCAAGCAGGAAUAAUCCCCCAGCUAUGCGAAGAACUGUUUGAGAAAAUCAAUGACAACAGUAAUGAAGAAAUGUCCUAUUCAGUAGAGGUGAGUUACAUGGAGAUUUACUGUGAGAGAGUCAGAGACCUGUUGAACCCGAAGAACAAAGGGAAUCUGCGAGUGCGAGAACAUCCUCUGCUUGGACCAUAUGUGGAAGAUCUGUCCAAGUUAGCAGUCACGUCUUAUACAGACAUUGCAGACCUCAUGGAUGCUGGGAACAAAGCCAGGACUGUGGCAGCUACCAACAUGAAUGAAACCAGCAGCCGCUCUCAUGCCGUGUUUACAAUUGUCUUUACUCAGAAGAAACAUGACACAGAAACUGAUCUUUGCACAGAGAAGGUCAGCAAGAUUAGCCUUGUGGAUCUAGCGGGGAGUGAGCGGGCUGAUUCAACUGGUGCCAAAGGAACCCGAUUAAAGGAAGGAGCAAAUAUAAACAAGUCUCUCACAACUCUGGGCAAAGUUAUUUCAGCGUUGGCUGAAGUGGAUAACUGCACCAACAAGAGCAAAAAGAAGAAGAAGACGGACUUUAUACCAUACCGGGAUUCUGUGCUAACAUGGCUUCUUCGAGAAAAUCUAGGUGGUAACUCCAGAACUGCGAUGGUUGCUGCUUUGAGUCCGGCAGACAUUAACUACGAUGAAACUUUGAGCACUUUAAGAUAUGCUGAUCGUGCAAAACAGAUUAAAUGCAAUGCUGUUAUCAAUGAAGAUCCCAAUGCCAAGCUGGUGCGUGAGCUGAAGGAGGAGGUGACGAGGCUUAAGGAUCUCCUGCGUGCCCAAGGGCUGGGAGAUAUUAUUGACAUUGAUCCAAUGGGAGAUGAAUACUCUGGAAGUGGAGGCAAAUAUUUGAAAGAUUUUCAGAACAAUAAACAUAGAUACUUGCUAGCCUCCGAGAAUCAACGUCCUGGCAAUUUUUCCACAGCCUCCAUGGGGUCCCUCACUGCAUCUCCAUCCUCCUGCUCUCUCAGUAGUCAGGUGGGCUUAACAUCUGUGUCCAGUAUACAGGAAAGAAUCAUGUCCACACCUGGAGGAGAAGAGGCGAUUGAACGUUUGAAGGAAUCUGAGAAGAUCAUUGCAGAGCUGAACGAAACGUGGGAAGAGAAGCUGAGGAAAACAGAAGCCAUUAGGAUGGAAAGGGAGGCGUUGUUAGCAGAAAUGGGAGUUGCCAUUCGUGAAGAUGGAGGAACACUGGGAGUCUUCUCACCUAAAAAGACUCCUCAUCUUGUAAACCUUAAUGAGGAUCCACUCAUGUCUGAAUGUCUGCUUUACUACAUCAAAGAUGGUAUUACUAGGGUUGGCCAAGCUGAUGCUGAGCGAAGGCAAGACAUUGUACUGAGCGGGGCUCAUAUCAAAGAAGAACACUGUAUCUUCCGAAGUGAGAGGAACAACAAUGGUGAAGUUAUUGUUACUUUGGAGCCUUGUGAACGAUCAGAAACCUACGUUAAUGGCAAGAGGGUUGUACAGCCUGUGCAGCUGCGCUCAGGGAAUCGUAUCAUCAUGGGUAAAAAUCAUGUCUUCAGAUUCAACCAUCCAGAGCAAGCGCGUGCAGAAAGAGAGAAAACACCGUCGGCUGAGACUCCCUCUGAGCCAGUUGACUGGACUUUUGCUCAGAGGGAGCUUCUGGAGAAGCAAGGCAUUGACAUGAAGCAAGAGAUGGAGAAAAGAUUACAAGAAAUGGAGAUCUUGUACAAGAAGGAGAAGGAGGAAGCUGAUCUCUUGUUGGAGCAGCAAAGGCUGGACUAUGAGAGUAAACUGCAGGCCUUACAGAAGCAGGUAGAGACACGAUCCUUGGCAGCUGAAACAACCGAGGAGGAAGAGGAAGAAGAAGAAGAAGUGCCCUGGACACGACAUGAGUACGAACUCGCGCAGUGGGCUUUCAGGAAGUGGAAAUGUCACCAGUUUACUUCCCUGAGGGACCAGCUCUGGGGAAACGCAGUGUAUCUGAAAGAGGCCAACGCAAUCAGUGUAGAGUUAAAGAAAAAGGUGCAGUUUCAGUUUGUCCUGCUGACAGACACCCUCUACUCACCGCUGCCACCAGAGCUGUUGCCCCCUGAGCUGGAGAAGACCCGGGACAACAGACCUUUCCCCCGCACAGUGGUAGCUGUGGAGGUCCAGGAUCUGAAGAACGGAGCAACGCAUUACUGGUCCCUAGAAAAACUCAAGCAGAGGUUGGACCUGAUGCGCGAGAUGUACGACAGGGCUGGGGAAAUGGCGUCGAAUGCGCAGGAUGACGGUGAAAGCACAAUGACGGGCAGCGACCCUUUUUACGAUCGGUUUCAUUGGUUUAAGCUGGUUGGAAGCUCCCCCAUAUUCCACGGCUGCGUGAACGAGCGCCUUGCCGAUCGCACGCCCUCCCCCACUUUCUCCACGGCCGACUCCGACAUCACUGAACUGGCUGACGAGCAGCAGGAUGAGAUGGAGGACUUUGAUGAUGAGGCCUUUGUGGAUGAUACCGGCUCCGACGCUGGAACCGAGGAGGGAUCAGACCUCUUCAAUGAUGGGCGCGACCCGUUUUACGACCGAUCCCCUUGGUUCAUUUUAGUGGGAAGAGCGUUCGUCUACCUGAGCAACCUGCUGUACCCGGUGCCUCUGAUUCACAGAGUAGCUGUUGUUAGCGAGAAAGGAGAAGUCCGAGGAUUUCUGCGAGUAGCAGUGCAAGCUAUAGCAGCUGAUGAAGAAGCCCCAGAUUAUGGAUCUGGUAUUCGACAGUCUGGCACAGCUAAAAUUUCAUUCGACAAUGAGUAUUUUGAUAAGAGUGAUUUUUCUUCGGUUGCAAUGACUCGCUCUGGACUGUCACUGGAAGAAUUAAGAAUUGUGGAAGGACAAGGACAGAAUUCAGAUGUUACCACUCCCCCAGAGGAGAUCAACAGAAUGAAUGAGCUGGACUUGAAGUCAGCCACUUUGGAUGGAAAGAUGACUAUGGAGGGAUUCACUGAGGAAAUCGGUGACCACUUGAAACUGGGCAGUGUGUUCACCUUCCGUGUGACCGUGCUCCAGGCCAGCGGCAUCCUCCCUGAAUACGCAGACAUUUUCUGCCAGUUCAACUUUUUACAUCGGCAUGAUGAAGCUUUCUCAACAGAACCUCUCAAAAACAAUGGUCGAGGGACUCCCCUUGGGUUUUAUCAUGUUCAGAAUAUUGCUGUGGAAGUGACGGAAUCGUUUGUGGAGUACAUCAAAACAAAGCCUAUCGUGUUUGAAGUCUUUGGCCAUUAUCAGCAGCAUCCUCUCCAUCUGCAGGGACAGGAUCUCAACAGCCCUCCACAGCCUUCCCGAAGAUUCUUUCCUCCCCCUAUGCCGCUCUCAAAGCCAGUGCCAGCUACAAAGCUAAAUACUAUGAGCAAACCCAGCUUGGGCCAGAGUGUGAGCAAAUACGACCUCCUCGUGUGGUUUGAGAUCAGCGAGUUGGAGCCAACAGGGGAGUACAUUCCUGCCAUUGUGGACCACACGGGAGGUCUGCCCUGCCAGGGGACGUUCCUGCUUCACCAGGGAAUCCAGCGUAGAAUCACAGUCACUAUUAUCCAUGAGAAGGGCAGUGAGUUGCACUGGAAAGACGUGCGAGAACUGGUUGUAGGGCGUAUAAGAAAUAAAGCAGAGGUAGAUGAAGCUGCUGUGGAUGCUAUUCUAUCUUUGAAUAUUAUCUCUGCAAAAUACCUGAAAUCCUCUCACAGCUCCAAUAGGACUUUCUAUCGGUUUGAAGCAGUUUGGGAUAGCUCCUUGCAUAACUCCCUUCUCCUCAAUCGAGUGACACCAUAUGGAGAGAAGAUCUAUAUGACCCUUUCUGCUUACCUGGAGCUUGACCACUGCAUCCAGCCUGCUGUUAUAACAAAGGAUGUUUGUAUGGUCUUUUACUCACGGGAUGCCAAGAUCUCCCCGCCGCGAUCACUGCGCAGUCUCUUUGGCAGCGGCUACUCCAAAUCUCCAGACUCCAAUCGAGUAACUGGGAUCUACGAACUAAGUUUAUGCAAAAUGUCAGACACGGGAAGUCCAGGAAUGCAGAGGAGGAGGAGGAAAGUCCUGGAUACAUCUGUGGCCUAUGUGCGAGGAGAGGAGAACCUGGCAGGCUGGAGGCCCAGGGGCGACAGCCUCAUUCUAGAGCAUCAGUGGGAGCUGGAGAAACUGGAGCUGCUGCAUGAGGUGGAAAAAACACGACAUUUCCUCCUGCUUCGUGAAAAGCUUGGUGACAGCGUCCCCAAGUCCCUGAGUGACUCGUUGUCUCCCAGUCUGAGCAGCGGAACCCUCAGUACCUCCACCAGCAUCUCCUCACAGAUUUCGACUACAACAUUUGAGAGCGCUGUGACGCCCAGCGAGAGCAGCGGCUACGACUCGGCCGAUAUAGAGAGCCUGGUGGAUCGGGAGAAGGAGCUGGCCACCAAGUGUCUGCAACUUCUUACUCACACUUUCAAUCGGGAAUUCAACCAGGUGUACAACAGCAUCAGCGAUUGUAAGCUGUCGGAUAUUUCUCCCAUUGGGCGGGACCCAUCAGUGUCCAGUUUCAGCAGUGCCACCCUCACACCUUCAUCUACCUGCCCUUCUCUGGUGGAUUCAAGAUGCAAUUCAGUUGAUCAGAAGACACCAGAGGCAAAUUCUCGUGCCUCCAGUCCCUGUCACGAGGUGGAACAGUUCCAGCUAAUUCCUGCAGUGGAAACUUCCUACCUUGCUAGAGCUGGAAAGAAUGAAUUCUUAAACCUCGUUCCUGAUAUUGAGGAAAUCAGACCAGGCUCUGUGGUCUCAAAGAAAGGAUACCUCCACUUCAAGGAGCCUCUCUCCAGCUCCUGGGCCAAACACUUUGUGGUGGUUCGCCGUCCCUAUGUUUUUAUUUACAACAGUGACAAAGAUCCUGUUGAAAGAGGACUCAUCAACUUAUCCACAGCUCAGGUGGAAUACAGUGAGGAUCAACAGGCGAUGGUAAAGACGCCAAACACGUUUGGUGUGUGCACAAAGCAUCGUGGGGUCCUGCUCCAGGCCAUCAACGACAAAGACAUGAACGACUGGUUAUACGCCUUCAACCCGCUCCUGGCCGGCACGAUACGGUCAAAACUGGCUCGAAGACGCACGGGCCAGCUGAAGUACUGAGUCCAUGUAAUGUUCUCAUCUGUUCUCCCUAACUCACCUGAUGAAGUGUUACCUCUCAUUUUCUCUUUGUGAUUCUUGACAGUUUCUCUUGUAUGUAAUCCUGUGGCUUAACAUCCCCUCCAUUCAGCACAUUUUCUAGGUAUUCUAACCCCACCUUGUUUCUUUUCACUUGUGCUGAGAAUCCUACUAGUAGCAUGUGACCAAACGAAAAGAGAAAAAAAGAAAAAAAAAAGGAAAAAAAAGAAAAAUCAAAAAAAGGAGUGAUUAUGCACGACUCUAAAAAGAAAAAAAAAGUUAUUUAUUUUUUUCUUAUAACAAUUGUUUUCCCAUUCCAACUGACCUUUUGGUAUCUGUCCCACUGUCCAUUGUUGUCUGUCUAGACUGCUGCAGGUUUCUCAUUCGGUUUGUGACUUGGCAGUAGUCAUUGGUUCCCUCAGGGCAAAGUUCUAAUGCCAGGGAAAGAGAAAUUCUUCUACGCAGACGUUACCCAGCCAGGAAUUGCAAUAGCUCCUCAGGCUUUCUGGAUCCAGCACUAAUUUAAACUCUGUUGAAAGCUGACAUUGGACAAAUCUAUCUGGGCAGACUGGAUUUUGGACUUGGUGCAAGUUCUUGAGUUUCCAGGGUCCAAGAGGCAUAAGCUGGAAAAGACAGGGAACAAAGCAAGAGGGCCUGGCUGCAAUGAUCUGCCCUUGAACUCUUGCUGUGGGUUGCAGGUGAACAGCGCUUGGCUUUAACUCUUUCCGAAAACGUUAACACUCGCUCCUCUGAACUGGGCUGAGGAGAUGGAACUGAUGUGAACAAAAAUAAACCAUGUCACUGAAUCUUAGAUAUAGUACCUAAAGUUUCAGAUGCUCAGCCUCCUGUUUGACAGAUGGAGAGUGUUACUGGAAAGCAGAGCAGUGUGCUGGUUCCCGGGAGCUCUCAGGAGGGCAGCACCUCUGCUGCUGGGCCUGACUCCUCAGUUCCUGGAGCAACAGUUCUCACCUCUUGGAAGAUAUUUAUGGUUGUCAUCAGUGUGUUGGGACAGACUACGGCAUCAUUCUGAAAGGCUUCCCUUGUCCGUAAUACCCCGGUGACAUCCCAGCUGCUCAUGGGGAAAGCAUCCUCUGUCUACAAAAUACUUUCUAGACCCAGCACUUGCAGUAUUCUCCAGAGAACAGCAGGACACUUUCACUUCCUUUUGGAAUAACUGUUGAAUGUCUCCUAAUUUCCCUGCUACAAUUUUCAUCAGCUAAAACCCCCUAGUUUUUAACUUCCGAAUUAAUCCUUCCUGGAGGAUGAAUCAAGCAGACUCUGGUCCUGGUCAGUGGGUGUAGUGAUUGGCUUCUUGGAGAUCAGCUGGGUGGUGGUUGUUCUUGACCUACAGUGUAAGUUCUGGUGGCCCAAGUUUUGGUCCUUGCCUCAAGAAAGGAAAGCAGAAUGAACUUCCUUUCUGAGAGGUGAAGUCAUCUUCCUUAGUUGGGUUUUCAGGGAGUUUGGACUUGUGUUUGUUUCCUUUUACUGUGUGUCAGACGCCGUUCUAUAUUUUCUUGACUUCCCUUGGGCACUGGCAGGGCCGGCUGUGAUCCUGGGGAACGUACAGGAAUUUCAUCCUCUCAAGGGAGAGGGGUAAGGGUUUUGUUCCACUGUUACACAUCUAGGGAAGCUCCAGCUCGAGAAGGUCCUUUUGAUUGAGCUCGCUCAUCAGCAGGUCAUGCCAUGCAUUGGAAAUUCUGUGGCCAAAAGCGUACGUGGGACUGGCAGCAGCUGAGCAAUUUAGCGUUAUGGGGUUUUCAUUCCUCAGUGAAGUGCAAUGCAUAAGGAGACCUCCUAAAAGCGUGGCUGGCAAAGGAGCGGGGAGAUAGAGUCUGACACUUGCCACGACCUCUCUUUAUAUAUUUCAAGACAGUACUCAAGCUAAAUCAUUAUCUCGUAUGGUCCUCAGAUUUAUUUCAGAACUGGAAGCCAGAGUGAGGGGGCAUCCUGGGGACCCAGGAGCAUAAUAGGGAUGAUUAUUAUUCUCUUUACUUUUAGUUUUGUCGUCUUUAAUUGUGUGUGACUCUAAAUACAGCGACAAUAUUCCUUUGUUACGCAAUGGAUGAUAAAGCACUUGCAGUGUGUGGAUCAGACAGGCUGCUCGUGCUGCCAGAGGGCUCCUCAAGCUGGUGCUAAGCCAGGCUCAAGAAUUAGGUUCAUUUUAAGCAGUAAGUUCUUGUUGCCAUCACCACCGUUUAUGAGAGCAGAACCAGCUUGAGGAGGUGUAGCAAUGCAGGUGGUGGUACUUUGUGACACACUGACAGCAUUUUAUUUUCUAUCAUUUUCUUUUUUUAACUAGAAGAAAACUAGUUUGCUAAGUCUUUGCUUUGGAUAAGCCAGAAAAUGAACUAAGGGGAUGUAGGCUUUGCAUAGGAACAUGAUUAAGGGAUCUUCCUUUAAAAGCAGGAAGAGACAGGCUUAUUUUACACAGAGCUGGAAGCAUUACAGCUCUGUUGCAUAAAUGUUACUCUUUUAUCUAAAGACUCCAAGCAGCUUCUGGUGACUUGAUGUCUACGUGGAUAACAGAUCAUCAGAAGAGCAAAAUUCUAUUUUUAAGCAUCAGUAUCUCUUAAAGCUGCAUAAUCCGUGACAAAAUAGAUCCUUGUGUGGAGUUCAAAUGGGCAUUACUAUUUUCAGGUGUGACAAAGUCAUAAAAGUUACAGUUUUUCAACUAUUAUUGAAGCCUACUUUGAGACAUCAGUUUCUCUACUUAAAACUGGACUGAAAUCAAGUUUUCUUUAAAAGGAUGGAAAGGAAGAAAAAGAAGGAUUUCCGUUCACUCUAAAGCUUUUUUGAUCUAGCCCGACAUGUUAGAAAUUCCUUUUUAAAAACGGAACAAGAAGGGGAAGUGUGCCGAGCUGCCUUGUCCUGAGGCUGAUGAACUUGGUUCGUGCCGUGUGCGGGGUCCUGGGGUCGGGCAGCUCUGGGGACGCGGCACGGGACACGGGGCGUCCUGCCGUGGGUCUGCCAGCCCACUGAGCAGAACCACUCGUGGUGAACCCGGCAGGCGCUCCUGGCAGAGAGCGGCCGGGAAUCUGCGCUGUGGUUUGAGUUUUUACAUUCCCCACUAAAAGCAAGGAGAAAAUUAUCGCUUCUGUCCAUCGAAACUCACGUCGUUGGUAUUGGAGCCUUGUGGAUAUUUUAAAGCUAAACUAAACCUCCUAUACUGUAUUUUAAAAAUGCACUUUAAGUACCUUUUUAAAGAAGAUUCCUCUAUUCCGGGAUGCAGAAGGGAAGGGAAUAUUAUUUCCAGACCACUGAGAAAGGAUUUUUCUUUUUUUUGGUCAGUGUCUGAUAUUCCUUAUAACCGAUAAGCAAGGUAUUUCAAAGCAAAGACUUUCUGCUGCUUGUUAUCUAAUUUACAGGGAUUUCAUUUUAUGUAAUGUAUUGUAUAUUUAUACAUCUGUAAUUAAUUGCACAUUAGAUAAGAAAGGAUUAGCUUUGGUAUAACACCCAUUGGUACUAUACAAUCAACUAACACUGCCUAUGCAUCUGCAUCUUUCUGGUUCUCUUGCACAACCUUAGUUCGUGGUAGUUUCUACUGUGGUGGGUGUUUCUGUUGCAGAUGCAGCUGUUAACCUGCUGCUCAGAGGAAGGAUUCUAACGCUGCUCUGGAACGGUUUGCUGAAUGUACUUUAAAAUGGGUCUCUAACGUGUGUGUCGCAUCUCUCCGUUGUGGUUAAUAACCCCGAUGUGUGGUCUGAACUGUACUGUAUGUAGCAGGAAUGUAUUAAUUUUGUACUUCUUGUUUAAAAACAUCAGCCGUUCGAGGACAGGAUUGACUCUUUUUUUGUUGUUCAGAAGGCCAUUUAUGCGUUCUAAGUAUUUGAAAUCAAAACUCGUCCAACACUAACCAGAUGGUUGUGUCCAACGUUAUUUGUAACAGUCUUUAAAUUAACAGGACCGGCUGUGUAUUCAGAAAACUGAGGGUACGGAGGUCGUAAGUCUUGAAUUCUGAUUGUUGCCAAGUGAAUGCUGAUCCUGAGCAGCACUGACCUGCCUCUUGCUUGCCUUGAAUGCAGGGACCGGGAGCAGAGGGAGCAUCGAACCAUCAGCACUUCCCAGGAUCAGUUCUUAAUUUUCCACUCUGCUUGUUCAUACUUCAUGUGCAGUUGAUCGAGGUUCUUGAAUUUGGACAUUACACAUGCUGUUGCACUGAAAUACGUUAUUAUUUUUUUUAAUUGCGGUCCCCAUUUCCCUGUUCAAUCUCUGUACACAAGGUAUACAAGGUAUAUGCAGUAUAAGUGGCCUUCUUGAACAAAUCUCUUUGCAAACUGAUUUCAUCCCAGCGAAGGAGUGUAUCAGCAACACUGUACAUUAAUUUCAGGUUUUCAUUUUCUUAUUUUAUUUUGUAAAUAUAUCCGAUAUUUGAAGCUUGAGUAUACAAAAUGUAAAUAUAGUUCAUGUAUUUGUACUAAUUCUGAUCCAUUUGCUGUAUAGCCUUAGGUGUGCAAUGCAGAUAUCUAACUGUGUAUGGUAACCUUGCACCACUGAAUUGUUAGUGAACGAGGUGAAACAAUAAAGGUACAACCAGUGCAUUAGCAGAUAUAA